UCGGCAAUUUGUAACACAGAUAGGUAAACUCUUUAGAUAAAUAUUAUUUUCCAUUGGUCAUUAAAUAUAAUAAUGUAUAACAUUACGUUAAUCGUGUUAUUAUUAUUGAAACUCAUUGACUUCGCGGUCCAUACAUCAAAGGGAUGAGAUUGCAUGUGCUCGACACGACACUACAUGCAGUUCAACUGGGACCGCGAGCGGGAAAAGUCGUCCGCCAUUUAAAAAACAUAACUUCUUUUUCUUUAUUUUGAUAAUCGAGCUUUGUGAGAAAAAUGACGACUCUCCUUAGAAAAAUGUGGAAGACUCAUUCAAAGCACAAAAAGCUAUGUGAAGAGUGGGCCCUAGCGGAGUGCGAGGGAGAGGGUUGGUGGCGGGAGGCACGGGAGUCCAGCGCCGGGGAGGUGGACGUGCGGUACGCGGGCGCAGCACCCGUGGAGAGAGCUGCUUCGGCACCAGCUACGGCACUCGCUGUUAGGUCUGCUCUGCAUUCUGCUAAACUGAUGAAUAAGAAGCUACAGCGAGUGAACUUGGACAUAAGUGCAAAGGGCAUCAUAGUGACGGAUGCCGACACACAGGAAAACGUUAUCAGCGUUUCUAUUUACAGGAUCUCGUACUGCUCGGCGGACGCGGCCAACGCGCGCGUGUUCGCGGUGGUGGAGGGUCGCCGGCGGGGGGGGGGCGGCGGCGGCGCGCCCGACGCGCACGUGGUGCACGCCUUCCUGUGCACGCGCCGCCGCCACGCGCGCGCGCUCGCGCUGGCGCUGGCACAUGCCUUCAAUGAUGCUUACCAGGCCUGGCAAGCAAACCUCAGUCAAGGUAGUUCACUGUCAUCGGAGGAGAAACGCCUCGCUCCAUGGGUUCGAUUCCAAGAAGAAUCUGAUGAGGAGCUGGAGGCUGAGGACUGGCAGUCACCCGCCCCUCUCGUGUCCUUCGCAUAAAGAUAACAUAUUUAACUAUAGUCUUACUUGUUAAGGCUUUAAACUAUUUAAUAAGAUUAGAUUAUAGUAUUAGGUAAGUAACAUUAGAUGAGUAAGUUAGAUAGGUUUUAAGUAGAUGCUUAAGUUUCGACAUGGGAGCGUUUAUACUUAAAAUAAUAGUUUUAUUUGAAGCUUUAGUUUUAAUAAUGAUAAGUUUAGCAUUGCUCCUUGCUCAAAUGGAAAUUGUAUGAAAGAGAUAUGAAUUGGCUAAAGUAAAAAUGAAAGUAUAAUUGAUUUUAUUGGAGGACCUUGAUAAGUAAGAUCGUUGUAAAAGAAAGAUGCCGCUCUACGCUGUGUAGUGCUGUCUUGCUUUCACAAUUUCUGGACUGAUUCUUCUGGUUCAUGCCUUACUUUAUCCACCCCUUGAUAUUUGCACUUUGGUAUAGUUUAACUAUGGUGUCUAAUGGUGAGAUAACGAAAUGGUUAUAACGUGGUGAUACCUCAGCCUGCUAAAGAAAUGCAAAGUACCUCUUUGCAUUUCUUUAGCAGCCUUACCCUUUUAGAAUAUUAAUCUAAAAUGAGAAUGUGACCAUUGAUAUGGGUGUAAGUAACGUAUUCGCUUUUUUAGUUAUAUUGAUGUAUGUACGUUUUCAUAACAAUUUCAUCGAACUACAUUUUGCUUCUGGUCACGAGAAAUUCAUCUCAUAUCGAAAUCAAAACACAUUUAUGUAAAUAGUUUGCACGUCUUUAAUUAAAUUAAGAUACAAUUU